UAACAUUGUUUUUCAAUACAGUAGUUUUUCAAUCUCGGCCUGUAAGUUUUUCUUGUACAGUCUAGCGAAGAGAUGGGUCAGGUAGAGGAUUUGGAUACAAAAAACUGCAGAGGAGUUGAUUACAUGGAUGAUAUCUUUAGCAAUGUUGAUGACCUGCUGAACAUUAGCGAUUAUGAACUUGGAGGAGGCAUUGAAGGAAAUCAUGCAGGCGACAUGUCUAUUCCUUUAGAAGUGGGUUCUCUUUUCUCUGUAGACGGUUUCUGUGACAUUGAUUGGAUGAAAGAAUUCAUUGAAGAAGAGAAAACUUCUGCUGAUUUGCAACAUAAAAAGGAUGAAGAACAAGGUCCAGAAAAUAGUUCUGAAAAUGCCAUAAGUUGUGAUCUCAGUUCAGACUCAGACAAGAGGUCCUGCACUGAGAAAAACCCUUUUCUUUGUACAAGAAUGACAAUACCAGGAAAGCCAAGAAGCAAAAGAUCAAAAACUACAGUUUCUAAUUGGAUUUCUAAACCCAUUUCCACUUAUGGCAGUGAGGAUGGCAGUGAGGAUGGCAGUGAGUCUUGCUUGUCUGAUAAUGCUGCAGCCUGGAGCCAAUCAGAUAACUUGUCUUCUGAGCAAGUAGAAUGCCUGUCCACACUGAAAUUCAGUGCACAAAAAAAUGGGAAGAAAAAGAAGAUAAAUGAGGCCAGAAUAUGUUUACAUUGUGGUGUGAAUAAAACUCCACAGUGGAGAAGUGGGCCAUUAGGUCCUAAAACACUCUGCAAUGCCUGUGGUGUGAGAUAUAAGUCAGGUGGGCUUUUACCAGAAUACAGGCCUGCUGCAAGCCCUACUUUUUCUCCCGAUAAACACUCGAAUUCCAGCAAGGUGGUGUUGGAAAUGAGGAGUAGAAAAAAUUUGAAGGGUGAGUAAAUAUAAUUUGGAAGGGAAUAAGUUUUUUUCUGGGAAGGGAAUAAGUUUUAUAGAGGGAGGAUUAGUGGGCUAUAUUUAUAGGAAAAAGUGCUAAAUCGUUUUAAUUUUAUUGUCUAAAAUUUUGGGCUGUGAAGAAAAACUUUUUGUUUGGAAAUAUUUUUUAUCUGUUCAUUGCUCCGCUAAAAUUUGUGAGGGAAUAAGUUUUUGAGAAAGGAAUAAGUUUUAUAA